UCAGUUGCCCCCUCCAAGCCUCCGUCUCUGUCUCCUUGCCCUGAAGCCCUCUCCCUUGUGAGGCUGCCUUUUGGCCCCAGCUGGCCGCCUCUGAGCACUCCCACAGCAUGAACUGCCUGUCAGACUUCUUCACCUAUGAGACCACCAAGUCGGUGGUUGUGAAGAGCUGGACCAUUGGGAUCAUCAACCGGGCUGUUCAGCUUCUGAUCAUCUCCUACUUUGUGGGGUGGGUUUUCUUGCAUGAGAAGGCAUACCAAGUGCGGGACACAGCCAUUGAGUCCUCUGUGGUCACCAAGGUGAAAGGUUUUGGACGCUAUGCCAACAGAAUCAUGGACGUUUCUGAUUAUGUGACCCCACCUCAGGGCACUUCUGUCUUUGUCAUCAUCACCAAGGUGAUUUUUACUGAAAACCAGAUGCAAGGCGUCUGCCCAGAGAGCGAGGAGAAGUUCCGCUGUGUAACGGACAGUCAGUGCCAGCCUGAGCGCUUUGCGAGUGGAGGAAUCCUCACUGGCCGCUGCGUGAACUACAGCUCGGAGCUCCGCACCUGUGAGAUACAGGGCUGGUGCCCCACCGAGGUGGACACCGUGGAAACACCUGUCAUGACGGAAGCUGAGAACUUCACUAUUUUCAUCAAGAACAGCAUCCGUUUCCCUCUCUUCAACUUUGAGAAGGGAAACCUCCUUCCCAACUUGACAGCCACUGAUCUGAAGACAUGCCGUUUCCACCCUGACAAAGCCCCCUUCUGCCCCAUCUUGCGGGUUGGAGACGUGGUCCAGUUUGCAGGGCAGGAUUUUGCCAAACUAGCUAGCACGGGCGGAGUUCUGGGCAUCAAGAUCGGCUGGGUGUGUGACUUGGACAAGGCCUCGGACCAAUGCAUUCCCAAGUACACCUUCACUCGGCUUGAUGGUGUUUCUCAGAAGAGCAGUGUCUCCCCAGGCUACAACUUCAGGUAUGCCAAGUACUACAAGAUGGAGAAUGGCCAAGAAUACCGCACGCUCCUGAAGGCUUUCGGCAUCCGCUUCGACGUGCUGGUAUAUGGGAACGCUGGCAAGUUCAACAUCAUCCCUACCAUCAUCAGCGCGGUAGCAGCCUUCACCUCUGUGGGAGUGGGGACCGUCCUCUGUGAUAUCAUCCUGCUCAACUUCCUCAAAGGAGCCGACCAGUACAAAGCAAAGAAAUUUGAGGAGGUCAACGAAACAACACUGAAGGUCGCAGCCUCGGCCAACCCAGUGUACCCCAGUGACCAGACUACGGAGGAGAAGCAGUCCACGGACUCAGGGGCCUACUCCAUUGGUCACUAGUGCUUCCUCCCUGGGCCCCAUGCUC